AUGGCAGAAAUCAAGAGAAGAAGACCUUUGACAAAAGAGGAGAUCGAGCAAGAGGAGUUUUUUGAGAACCGGAGGAUAUAUAGAGAACAAAUUUCUCAGCUACGUCGGAAGUGGGAGGAAGUAUUGAAGGAGGUUGAAAACCGCAGAAGAAUGAGGGCAGAAGAGGAACAUCGACUGGCAGGCAAACAGCACCUGAAUCAAAUGCUUGAGCACUCGACUCAGCUACUCGAAGCUCGGCGGGGAGACCGUCAUAACUCUAUGACAGCAUCCGAGGGUGGUCUAGACAUGGCAGAAGGGGAGUAUGAUGGGGAGGAAGGUGGAGAGGAGGAGGAAGAAGACGACAGCAAGAGUAUGUCCGAAUUGGAAGUGGAACUGGAUGAGGCAAAUAUGUCGACUACAGAUUCUGAUGAGGAAGAGGUGGAAGAUGACGAUGAGAGCCUUACAGUGGAGCAACUGAAAGCAAAGUACGCAGGUCUUGGCCCCAGUCAAGCUUCACUUGGAGGCAAAAGGCUUAUCCAGGAGGACGAUCUAUCGGAUAUUGAGGAUGGGAUGUUGCUCGAUGGUAGAACACCUGUACCAUCUGAUGUACCCUCGGAUGAUGAGAAUCCGGAAGAUGUCGCUGCUAGAAUGGAUGUUGACGAAAACCAGACUGAGGCAGUUGAGCUUGAAGAAGUUGAUGAGAUCCUCAUGGAUGAUAGCGACGAAUCAGUUGACAUGGAUUCUGAGGAUGAGACGGAUGAUAGCGAGAGUGGUAAAGAUGGUGAUUCCGAGGACGAUUCCGAGGGUGAAAAUGGGUUUGGGUCCGGGCUUCUAGGGUUAUACGGGGACUUGAACGGGUUAAGGGCUAGCUCUCGCGAUCUGGAGCCUGAAAGUGAGGAUGAGAACGAGUUUACGGAGCCUGUGCAAAAAGACCGGAGCCUCGAGAGAUCUUCGGAUAGUAUGCAAAUAGAAUCACUCUCAAAGAGCUCUAAAAUCAAUGGCUCUAAACUCAACGCCGCCGAUGAAUUACUGGAGGAAGAUAGGAUCGAUGAAGUGAGCCUUGUUGUUUACAAAUCCCCACCGGGUAAAACAGUCGGAGAUAGCUAUGUCUCUGCGCCGAGGGUUAUUGGAGGCCAGGCUCUAGAAAUACCGAUGCUCAACGGUCAUUCAGAUACAAUGGAUGUGGAAACGUCAACAUCGCUCUCCCAUUCACAGAUUGAUUUGAAAGAAAGCGGCCACCCCUCAUCGCUUACAACAUCACCAGAAACCUCUCCUCAACCAAAUAUAGAUAUCAAAACUCCGAUUCCGUUUCUUCUCCGGGGGACUUUGAGAGAGUACCAGCAUUAUGGUCUCGAUUGGCUCGCCGGGCUCUACAAUAACCACACCAACGGUAUCCUAGCCGACGAGAUGGGACUUGGUAAAACGAUCCAGACCAUCGCACUCUUAGCACACCUUGCGUGCGAAAAGGAGGUUUGGGGACCGCAUCUCAUUGUUGUCCCAACGAGUGUCAUGCUUAAUUGGGAGAUGGAAAAGGGGUGGUUUGACAACAACCUAUGGCAUGUGUGCAUCACUUCUUACCAGCUUGUCCUUCAAGAUCAGGUUACUUUUAAACGCCGCAACUGGCAUUAUUUGAUUUUGGAUGAGGCACAUAAUAUCAAGAAUUUCCGGUCGCAGAGAUGGCAAACUCUUCUCAACUUCAAAGCCGAGGCCCGUUUGUUGAUUACAGGAACCCCUCUCCAGAACAACCUAAUCGAGCUAUGGUCGUUGCUCUACUUUCUCAUGCCUUCUGGAGCUUCGAGUGCCAUGCCUGCUGGAUUUGCAAACCUAAAGGAGUUUCAAGAAUGGUUUGCGCAUCCCCUCCAUCGUGUCCUCAGGCCUUAUCUUCUUCGCAGAUUGAAGGCAGACGUAGAGAAGCAGAUGCCAGCAAAAUUCGAACAUAUCGUUUAUUGUAGGCUAUCGAAGCGACAAAGAUAUCUUUACGAGGAAUUUAUGUCGAUGGCAAAAACACGCGAAACACUGGCAUCAGGCAACUAUCUCUCCAUCAUUAAUUGUUUGAUGCAACUUCGCAAGGUCUGUAACCACCCAGACCUAUUUGAAACUCGCCAGAUCGUCACAUCUUUCGCGAUGCAAAAGUCUGUGGUCGCCGAUUAUGAGGUCAAGGAGCUACUAUAUGACUGCGGAAAGCUACAACGUCUAGACCUUCUCUUGCGUCAGUUGCAAGCCGGGGGACAUCGGGCUUUGAUCUUUACCCAAAUGACCAAGGUUCUAGAUAUUCUCGAGCAAUUUUUGAAUAUCCACGGUCAUCGGUACCUCCGCCUUGAUGGAGCUACGAAGGUUGAACAGAGACAAAUAUUAACUGAUCGAUUUAAUAACGAUACAAGGAUUCUCGUCUUUAUCCUAUCCACCCGUUCCGGUGGGCUUGGUAUCAACUUAACAGGUGCAGAUACUGUGAUAUUCUAUGAUUUAGACUGGAAUCCCGCGAUGGACAAGCAAUGCCAAGACCGAUGUCAUCGUAUUGGUCAAACUCGUGACGUCCACAUCUACCGCUUCGUCUCUGAAUACACCAUCGAGUCAAAUAUUCUCCGGAAGUCAAACCAAAAGCGAAUGUUAGAUGAUGUGGUCAUUCAAGAGGGCGAUUUCACAACCGACUACUUCAACAAACUCACAAUCCGCGAUAUGCUCGGAGAUGAAGUUAUCAAGGAUCUAGAUGGCGUGGACGAUUCGCAAACAGUGGUUGCCCCCGGGGUCAACAUGGAGAAAGCGCUCGAGGCAGCCGAAGAUGUUGAGGACGUUGCAGCAGCCAAGGUUGCGCAAAGGGAAGUCGUCGAUGCCGACGGUGCCGACUUUGCUGAAAGGAGCACUCCAGCACAAACACCAAGGGAGCCCGGUACUGCUACUGCAGGAACCACACCCAGGGAGCCAUCGGCGCCCGUUAGUAACGCCGCCAUGACACCGCAAGGAAAUACUGUGGAACUAGAGGUUGUUACCCACAGAGGUCUCGGUUAUGAUAUUUACGGCGACGGCUGGAACCGGGUUGAUCGAGAACCAGUGCACAUUGACGAAUACAUGAUUCGAUAUAUGGAAUGGGAGCUAGUAGACGUCCCGCUCGUCCUCCCAAGCAAGAGCAAGAAGAAGAAAAGUAAGAAGGGAAAGAAGUUUUAG